UUGGCACAAUGUACUGAGUGUGACAGUGUGAUUUCAGCUGCACUGAAGGAAGAUUUCACAGGCUGUGUGAGGGGAUAAAAGGAGCAAACUGGGCUUUGUUUUGCUUUUUUUCACACCUUGUCAGACCUGCCCGUACACCCCGCUCCCCACAAGGAUUUUUUUUUUUUUUUUUCAUCUUUGAGCCACCUUGCAACCCUUUUCCCUUGAUUGGCUGCACUCAACCCCACUGCCAACCUGGGCUCGGGCCGUGGGGGCUGCUCGGCGCGCCUUGGCUGAGAUUUGCAACCCGACAUGAGCGCAUACAAAGCCGGCGUUAAUGGGGCUUGGUGGUCCCUGACGCCGUGGAGGAGCUAUAAAGGCUGGAUGUUGUGCUUGUGGGUAGCUGUGGUCGGGCUAGCGGUGGGCUCCGGAGACCCGUGGCUGUCCGCCGAGGCAUGUCCGUCCUCCUGCGCCUGCAGCAACACCAGAAUCUCCUGCGUGGAUCCGGAGAGGGGCAUCGCCUCCGUUCCCAUCCUUCAGAGCGAGGCGGAGAUGGAGAACAUCACGGACAUCUACAUCGCCAACCAGAGCAGCUUCUCGUCCAUCAACGACAAAGACCUGCACUACUACAAGAACCUCAGGAACCUAACGGUGACCAACAGCAGGCUGACGUACGUCUCCAAGCUGGCCUUUCAGAACAAUGUCAAAUUACAAUAUCUGAAUCUGAAAGACAACAACUUGUCGUCAUUGUCCUGGACCAUAUUCCGACACCUCAACAUCUCCUACAUGAUCCUGACAGGAAACCCACUGCAAUGUUCCUGUGAGAACAUGUGGAUCAAGCUGUGGCUCGGAGAGGAGGCGGACACCCAGGAACUGCGCUGCAUCGUAGACGGUGGAGGACGCAGCCCACUGUCCAGACUCAGACUAGCCAAUUGUGAGCUUCCCAUGGCAACACUGACGGCAUCCAAUUUGACCGUCAGGGAGGGUGAGAACAUGCAGCUGUCCUGCGCCACCUCUGGAGUGCCCUCGCCAGACCUCAUCUGGAACAUGUCGCUGGUCACAAACUAUGAGAUAGUGACGUCAGGUCAGAUCUCCGUACUACGGUUGUCCAACGUGUCAUCGUUGGACCAUAACAGUAAGAUCAGCUGCACUGCAGAGAACAUCGUCGGAGAGAAAGAAUCCUCCAUGCUAUUGGACAUACAAUUUCCUCCGAAUAUCACCAAGCUGAGCGACGCAGUCUCAGACCACCACUGGUGCAUCCCCUUUAGUGUUGCAGGAAACCCAGCACCCCGCAUGGAAUGGUUUCUGAACGACAAGGCAGUGACUGAGGACAGAUUCAUCCGGACCAUGAUUUAUGAAGAAACGGAGCGCGAGUAUCACGGCUGUCUGCAGCUAGACAGCCCCACGCACCUCAACAACGGCCUCUACACGCUGGUGGCCAAGAACGACUUCGGAACCGACCGGAAGCGGGUCGAGGCCCACUUCAUGCGCAAACCCUGGGACAGUGAGGACCCACACUUGGCAGGAACUGACAAAGAUUUAUACUACUACGAUGGACCCACUUCAGACCCACCAGAGGACAGAGUUGCUGUGUAUGUGGUGGUGGGCAUCGCCGCUGUGGCCUUCUUCGGUUUCCUGAUCAUGUUGGCCAUCCUCAAAUUUGGCAGCAACUCCAAGUUUGGCAUCAAAGGACCGUCCUCGGUCAUCAGCAACGACGACGAUUCGGCCUCGCCUCUCCACCACGUCUCCAACGGCAGCAACACGCCGUCCUCCUCCGAGUUGGGCCCCGACGCCGUCAUCAUCGGCAUGACCAAGAUCCCCGUCAUUGAGAACCCGCAGUACUUCAGGAGCUCCAACAGCUUGCUCAAGACGGACACCUUUGUCCAGCACAUCAAGAGACACAAUAUUGUGCUGAAGAGGGAGCUGGGAGAGGGAGCCUUUGGCAAAGUCUUCCUGGCCGAAUGUUACAACCUGUCGCCUGACCAGGAGAAGAUACUGGUGGCUGUCAAGACUCUUAAAGAGGCCAGCGAAAACGCCCGCAAGGACUUCCAUCGCGAGGCUGAGCUGCUGACCAACCUCCAGCACGAGCACAUUGUCACUUUCUACGGCGUGUGCGUGGAGAGCGACCCCCUCAUCAUGGUGUUCGAGUACAUGAAACACGGAGACCUCAACAAGUUCCUCAGGGCUCACGGUCCAGAUGCAGUCUUGAUGGCAGAAGGCCAGACCACCAGACCAGUGGAGCUGACUCAGUCGCAGAUGCUGCACAUCGCCCAGCAAAUAGCGUCCGGAAUGGUCUACUUGGCAUCACAGCACUUUGUGCACCGUGACCUGGCCACCAGAAACUGCCUGGUGGGCGAAAACUUGCUGGUGAAGAUCGGAGACUUUGGCAUGUCCAGAGAUGUCUACAGCACGGACUACUACAGGGUGGGAGGUCACACCAUGUUGCCAAUCCGCUGGAUGCCCCCCGAGAGCAUCAUGUACAGGAAGUUCACCACGGAGAGUGAUGUUUGGAGUCUGGGUGUGGUCCUCUGGGAGAUCUUCACCUACGGCAAACAACCGUGGUACCAGCUCUCCAAUAAUGAGGUGAUCGAGUGCAUCACCCAGGGCAGGGUGCUGCAGCGCCCUAGAACCUGCCCCAAAGAGGUAUACGAUCUUAUGCUGGGCUGCUGGCAGAGGGAGCCUCACAUGAGACUCAACAUUAAGGAGAUUCACGGCCUGCUCCUCAACCUGGCCAAAGCCUCGCCCGUCUACUUGGAUAUACUGGGAUGAACGUGGAGGAGAGCGAAAGAUGUCACUGUAUAGGAUGUGAAAAGGACUUUUAAAGGCAAUCAAAAAAAAGAAGAAUCUGCCAAACACCUCCUUCCCCUUUUCCCUUCUCAUCUUUCCUGAAAAAAAAGGAAAAGCUCCUUUUGGCUGGACUCAUUUCAACAGGGAAUGCUUCUUGGAGCUUUUUCAUGUAAAUAUGAGACUGUAUGAAGGUUGCUUUUUUUGUUUGGGGGAGGAUUUGGCUCCAUAUGAUUUUGAGCCCAAACCCCUCACCAUUAGCCCCUCUAAAAACACACACACAUGCACGCACACACACGCACACACAUGCACUAAAGUAGUGUUAGGUAAAUGUCAGCUCACAAGAAAAGGGAAAGAAAUUACAGCAAAUUCGCUUGGUCAAAUAUUGGCAAAGUAACUAUAAUUUAUUUAUUGAAUUUUAUUAAUAUACAAAAACUGUUCAUAUUUUAAAUUGUAUAUUUUUAUGCAUUUUAUUUAUAUUAAAUUACUGAAUUAAUUAGCUCCUCAUAUUAAAUAUUUAAAUAAACAAACAAGCAAACACUGGUCAACAUUAGGUUUUGGAAACAUUUUCAUUUUUUUGUUAAAUUUGAUCUAUAAAAGCUUACACAAUACAGAUUUUACCAUGCACCGUAAUAAUAAAUAAUUCCACCAACUCUUAAUUCAUAAUUAUAUUAAAUUAAAUAUUUCAUAAAAUCUUAUGCACUACAGAAAAAAAAUGAAGGCAAUUUCAGAAUCCACUAAAAAUAAAAUUAUCCAGGAAUUUUUACUUGCAUCUCCAAUGAAUAAAAUUGUUGACCAGAGUAAUUAUUAGAGAUGAACACGCAAACAAUCUAGUAAGUCAAAUAACUGUCAUUUAUUUAAUUAAAUGUAAUAUUUACAUUUAAAUAUUUUUAAUAGCUUAGUCCACAUUUUUAAUAUAUUUGAUUUUCAUUUACUUCAUCUUGUUUUUUUCUUUUUCUUGAAGUUAUAUUAAUGAGUCAGAAGUUCUUGAAGGAAUGAAUGACACUGAAAUAUUUAUUCAAGACAAAUUAUAUGCAAAAAUACAACCCUGAGCCCUGGGCUCAGAGCUAAACAACUUUGGAUGUCUUGAUGAAAUAACAGUGUGAGAGCAAUCGAGUAACUAAAAAACAAAAAAAACAAAAAAACACAAAAAAAAACCAGAGGCGGUGCAAAUGUAGCAAUGUGCUAUAUUCACUGGGCCAAGGAACCUCACUCUCUUCAUUUUCUGUCACUCUACACCCUUAAAAAUGCUGCAUGAAAAACAACCUAAUUCAGGUCUAAAAUUGGACUGACCCAAGAAGUUAGGUCAAAACAACCUAUUUUUUGUACAAAACAACCCAGUGUUGCAAAAAAAAACAACAACAAAAACAACAACAAGGUUGAGUCAAAUUUCCUUGGUCGGUCCAAUUUUUAACCCGGCAGUUUUCAAGGUGUACAAUCUAGUUCAUACAGUCUUAUAAUAUUUAUCUGGGUUUUCUUUUAAGCUAACAAAGCAUCCCACUUCACUUCAGUUCUUGUUUCCAGUCUUUACGUUAGGCUUGAAUAGAAUAGAAGGAUUUAUGAUGGCCAUUCCCAAUUGUCAAUUUUUCUAAAAACAUGACUUAGCCGUUGGGACUGCUGUGCAACGUUGUCAUUAGACUUUUUAAUAGGAGGUAACAUGAUGACUCCCCCCCCCCACACACACACACAUACUUUAAAAAGUAACAGAUGCUUCACUUGUGCUGGUGUCGGGGGUCGAUUGAUUGACGCGGCCACGGCUGUACCACGUUCAUGGCUAUUAGGGUCAACCUGGUCCUUGCAGAUGGGGGAAGCUUGAAGUUUUAGAUCAGGAGUUGGAAACCAAUUCUAAAUACAAAGCCUUGGAAGAAUAGUUCCUAAUAUGCAAACAAAUACACUAUGUAUUUCCAUUAAACUCAUGAAUGUAGCCUAUUAAAAAGUGAGCAAACACCAAGUGAAAUCUGCGGCUCAGAGCGAAACCUUUUACUGCUGAUAUUUUCCCUUUAAAUUUGUUCUUGUUGACAUGUCAAGUUGCUCAGACUUCACUUACCAAGCAAAGUAUGGGCUAACUCCGCUAGCCAAUGAAAUUCACUUUUUGUCCAUCUGUAUGUUUUUUUCUUUUUACAAACUUCAAAAUGUACCACAGUUCCUCUAUUUCAUGUGUUGUUUUUUUAUAUAUAUAUCUCUAAGGCAGCCUCUAUUGCCAUCAUAGCUAUACGUAGAUGAUUUUUUUUUUUUUUUUUUAUGUUUUAGUUUCCAACAACGCUUCCCCUCCUCCUCUCUAAUUGCGGGGGUCAGACAGGUAGCAGGUGCGGUUCUUCUGGUCAACUCAUAUUAAAUGCUUAGGCCUCUUAGCACUCAGACAUGCUUCAAAACCGUGAGUGCGUGUGUUAGACAAACUGUUUACCUUCUCCCGAUGUCCCUCCAUUUUUACACACACACACACGCACACGCAGUCGCUGAAAGACACUCACGCCAGUCCGAGGAGGAAAUUGAAUUGUGCAUGUUUUAUUAUUUGAGCGCUGCAGUCCUCUGUAAUGGUGUAAUGUAUAUUUCAUUACGGGGCCUAAUGGGCUCCAUUAGCGCAGGGCCUCCUUGCAGACAUUCAAGACUUAUUGUUUUAUGGCACAAGGGGAAAGGGGGGAAAAGGACAACGGAGAGGGAUGAGGAGAUGUGUUGGAGCGAUGGAGAGAGUAGUCACAGGGUUGGGAGGAAAAGGUCGAAGGCAUGACGGUGGAGCGGAAGAGUGAGGGUGGGGUGUCGCUGCGGGAUAGUCGACGUCCUCGGGGAGUGAGCAUCCAUCAUUUAGUAACACACUACACACUGGGAGUGGGCAAAGGAUUUAUUAUUUUGCCUUUCUUGCUCAAAACAAUUGUAACAAUAAUCGAUUAAUCGUCGAAACUGUGAAUGCUUCACCGCCUAUGAUUGUAAAACAUCCUUUCAAAUUCAUCUUACCUUAUACCCUUAAAAUGGAUGGCAUGCAGAUGAUUUUAAAAAAUGCAUGUAAUGCACAUGAGGAGACGCUCCAUCACGACAAACCCAGGCUAAAGCUAGCUCGCUCCUCGCCGACAUCCAAAGAUCUUUGUCUCUCAUUUGAGAUGCAUUACUUCAACAUAUUUCCCUGAUACUAAUUAGUCCUUUCCUAUUAGCUGAGGCUUUGGAGUCAUCUUGUGACAUUAUAAAAAUGUUACAGAAAAAGCACACCAAAAAAUACUAUCAUUAUCAUUAGUUGAUUAGCAUACUUGCACAAGUGAAUGUCUUUCUUUUUUUUUUUAACUUUGUUGGCUAACAUGAGAAAACACAUUGGCAUUUUUAUUGAUAUUGUAAGGGUACUGUGAGCCAGGCGGGCAAUGAUUAGUGGGAAAAUGUUCAUUUAUUUAUCACAUUAAAUAAUUAUUUUAUUUACUUGUACAACUAAGAUUUCUCAUAAAUUGAAAAUUUUCCCUAUAUAUUCCACAUGUUGUUAUCCAAUGACAAUAUUUUAAAUGAAUGAUUAAUCAGAAAUAACUCAAAUAAAAAUAAAAAAUGGAUUGUGUUGCCCACUCCUGCUCGAUACACACAAACACACAAAUAUGGUCACCUGCAUGCUACAAGCAUCACACUGUAAAUACAACAUGCAUGAAAGGAUUUUUUUUUGAAGUCACUAUAAAGGGCAAAAAAGCAUCACAUCAUAGCCUCAACCAUUUUGUGUCCAGAGACCUUCAUGUAAUUAUAACAAUGAUGAUGAUUAUGUGAUGUGGAAUUAGAGGUCUUACUUCAUUUAAUGACAACAAGACUUGAUGGUAUUUAUGUGUUUUGUGUACUUGACCUGAUGAAUUGUUUCACUGGUUUGACUUGUAGUUAUACUGAAUCUCAUCAUGCGAAUAACCUAACUGCCUUACUGUCUUGAGAUGAGGCAAAAAAAAAAAAAGAGUUAGGCAGUUACAUUAUUAGCAUGGUCACUGAUGGAAUAUUACAAAGGCAUUUUGUACAUUUUGUUUUCCAUGGUUGCCUUUUGCAGCCGUAAAACUGAUGAAGACUUCCAAUGCUUUGAAUGCUUUUCAAGGAGUUCAAGUGUUAAAGAUAAACCCCAGCCUAUCGUCGCAUUAGCACACAACCACUCUGGGCAAUAAUGCAGAAGGCAGAGUGCAUGCUGGAUUCAAAACAAAACAAAAUACAAUUUUCCCCCUGCCUUCGACAAAACAAAAGUCAGUUUGUUGCCACUGCUGUAUUACGUCAGCCAAGUGUAAAAGUGUGUAGUCCAGAAGUUGUGUUUUGUUUAUUUGUUUGUUACCAAGUAAGAUUUUGGUAUUAAUACCUGUGAAAAUGUGAGUGGAGGAAUUUAUUUUCAUAUUUUUGUCCUUUUGUCAAGUCACAAUGUCAGCCCCACAAAGCAAAUGGUGGAGUCCGAUCCAGUUGAUAAUGUCUUAUACCGUUUUCCUCGAACAAAAUUAUGACCAGAUUUGUUAAAAUUUUGUUAUUUAACAAAAUGAUCAAUACAGAAAUCCCCAAUGUUUCACUUUUCGGUUUAUAGUCUGAGUAACAUUCUCAUCGUCCUCAGCGUUGUUGACCAUAGACCAGAAAGUCUGCCAACCAGCCAAAUCAGGUUGGGAAAGUAAAUAGCCAGGCACAGUUUGGCUUUAACCACAAUUUGUUUCUCCUCAACUGGCAGGUAAACCAGAACCCUGUGGCUAAAGCAAAACUGUGGCAGGAUUUUUCUCCAUGAUUAUUUUCACCGGUUGUACCAUUUGAGUCAAUUGAAGUGCCCCAUCUGAGAAUCAAAUUGGUAUAUUCCCAUCUUCUCCCAUCCUGCCAACUAACAGGCAAACACAAGUACUGAACACCACAAUGUUUUUUCAGUUUUGUCAGGGAAUUCUUUUUUUUUUAUUUUGCGUUUUCCCCCUGCAAAACAAAUCGGAUGGUUCCAGGAAGUAGCCUGCUAAAAAACAAAUCAUCAAUAUGGCCAUCCACUAUAUAGUUUUUUUUUUUUUUCCAUGAAAGGAAUUUUCUUUUCUUUGUUGGCGGAGGCACAGUGGAACUAUUCCCCAUUAACCUUGGAAUAAAAAAACGGCAUAGUCCAAUCCUGCCCUGAACCAAGAAGUAGCCUGCUAACACACGAAUGGACAACUCUUAAAUGUGGCGCUCCACCAUGUUUUUUUUUUUUUUCCCUUUCACUUUUGUUAACCGUCCAGACUUGGCGGAGGUCUGCGAUCUACUGAGUGACAAUUGUAGUUUGAUUUCUUUUCAAUAAUCAAAGUGUUUCUACUUGAUGGACAACAGGACUGUGGCGUCAUUUUGAGUCAAAACAAACAGAGUAAACUGUAUGAACAGAGGGAGUGACAAUCAACGACUUUGGACUUUCUCUCUUCUUCAAGUGACCUACUGUACCACAGACUCUUUUCCUCUUCUAUGUCUCUGAAAGUGCUUCUUUUUUUGUAAAAGGAAAUUCAAAGUGGCAAGUAUAUGAACAACAUCGAAAACAAGUGUAUAAAUGUGAAUAAGCUGCUGAAAGAAACAAAGAGUUGCUCACUGUGUCCGA